GCAAGGGUCACUUCACGCUGGGCGGGAAAAUCAACUUUAACAGACAAGUUUGCAAACGUCGUCCGUUCAUCACUCAAACUUGAUGAAUUUCUGUUCGGAACUUCCUGGCACCGACUGAGCUGGUUGAAAAUGGAUCUGAAAAUGCCGUUGGCUCUACGAAUUAGACCCGAUAAUUUACGUUUCCCAGACGACAAAGUUACACAGAGCUUUCGAGUGACUGAGAAAAUGCGAUGUGGAGACACUUUGGCUGGGCUGAGAGAAAUGUUAAUACUACUGGCUUGCAGAGAUGCACUGACAACCUCCGAGACCUACAGAGAACUCCAAUGGCAGAGGUUAAUAUCAUCCCUGAUGCCUGCCAUGAUGACAACACCACUGUCCCAACUAUUGAGAUGGGGUCAACGGACUAACCUCUGUCAAGGAAAGGAGUGUGAGAGUCUCUAGACUACAAGCCGGGAUAGUUUGACAUUUUGAAACUGACCACAUCCAUUGAUGUAGUUGUAAGAGUCUCUAGACCAAUAUCCGGGAUUGUUUGACAUUUUGAAACUGACCCCAUCCAUUGAUGUAGUUGUAAGAGUCUCUAGACCAAUAUCCGGGAUAGUUUGACAUUUUGAAACUGACCAUAUCCAAUAAUGUAGUUGUGAGAGUCUCUAGACCAAUAUCCGGGAUAGUUUGACAUUUUGAAACUGACCAUAUCCAAUAAUGUAGUUGUGAGAGUCUCUAGACCAAUAUCCGGGAUAGUUUGACAUUUUGAAACUGACCACAUCCAAUGAUGUAUUUGUAAGAGUCUCUAGACCAAUAUCCGGAAUAGUUUGACAUUUUGAAACUGACCCCAUCCAUUGAUGUAGUUGUAAGAGUCUCUAGACCAAUAUCCGGGAUAGUUUGACAUUUUGAAACUGACCCCAUCCAAUGAUGUAGUUGUAAGAGUCUCUAGACCAUAUAUCCGGGAUAGUUUGACAUUUUGAAACUGACCCCAUCCAAUGAUGUAGUUGUGAGAGUCUCUAGACCAAUAUCCAGGAUACUAGUAGUUUGACAUUUUGAAACUGACCCCAUCCAAUGAUGUAGUUGUGAGAGUCUCUAGACCAAUAUCCAGGAUAGUUUGACAUUUUGAAACUGACCCCAUCCAAUGAUGUAGUUGUGAGAGUCUCUAGACCAAUAUCCAGGAUAGUUUGACAUUUUGAAACUGACCCCAUCCAAUGAUGUAGUUGUGAGAGUCUCUAGACCAAUAUCCGGGAUAGUUUGACAUUUUGAAACUGACCCCAUUAAAUGAUGUAGUU